AUGUCCGAACAAAAUUCCACAGAAACCCACGUCCCCAUCUUCGUUGAAAGUCCAUCAGGGGAGGUGCUAAAAUCACAACAGGAACCUGUACUGCAGGAGAAUGUGAAGCCGAUAGGGGAUCUGCCGCAGAAGAAGGGGCACAAUGUUAUAUUGCGUUUCUUUCACCGUCUCGUCCCACGCGGCGGCUCACUCUCCGGUGUGUUGAAUCUUGCGAGUGUAACGCUUGGGGCGGGCAUUAUAUCAAUUCCCUCUGCCUUCAACACCUCCGGUAUUGUCAUGGCAGUGGUGUACCUUCUUGCCGUAACGGCUCUGACGAUCUUCUCCAUCUCUCUCCUCGCUUCUGUGGCGGAUCGGACGGGACUUUGGAGUUUUGAGGCAGUCGCCGCUGCACUACUUGGCCGCCGCGCUGAUAUCGCCGUGGCGUUUCUCAUGUGGUUACUCUGUUUUGGCGGUGCUGUUGGCUACGUUGUGGCAGUGGGCGAUGUGCUGCGGCCUAUCCUUGCACACCCCGGCGUGCCGGCGUACCUGCAGACAGACAGCGGGAGACGAGUGUUGAUGAGUGUGAUUUGGCUUAUUUUCAUGUUCCCUCUGGUGCUGCCGAAGCAAGUGAAUUCACUCCGCUACGCUUCUGCGGUGGGUGUGGUUUUUAUUCUCUUCUUCGUCAUCUGUGUUGUGGUGUACUCAGCAGGGGUAAUACGUAGGAAUGGUGGACUUCCCAGUGAUCUCGUGUUGGUACGCCCUGGAAAUGAUGCCGUCUCGGGACUUUCUAUAUUUAUGUUUGCCUAUCUUUGUCAGGUAAACUGUUUUAAGAUAUAUUAUGAAAUGAAAAACCGCUCCGUUUCACGUAUGACAAAAGAUGCAGCGAUAAGCUGUGGUGUUUGUUGCCUUCUCUACUUUUUGAUGGGCCUCUUUGGCUACGCAGCUUUUGGAACAGAAGUGAGUGGAUCCGUUUUGCGGUAUUUCAACCCAUAUGAAACCCCUAUAUUUUUUGUCUGCUUCGGUGGUAUUAUCUUAAAGCUUUGUGCCGCUUUUUCACUUAAUAUGUUGGCAUGCCGCACUGCACUCUUCCAGGUAGUACACUGGGAUGUGGAGACAAUGCCGUACUGGAAACACAGCAUCUUUAGUGUUUUGUUCGCCGUCAGCGCCCUCGUACUUGGUCUAUUCGUACCUGACAUUAAUAUUGUGUUUGGACUUGUAGGAGCCUUCUGUGGCGGUUUUAUUGGUUUUGUCUUCCCUGCGCUGUUUAUUAUGUACUCCGGGAACUGGUCCUUCAGAAGUGUUGGUUGGGUACAGUAUUUACUCACCUACUUCCUUCUGCUUGCCGGUGUGGUGGCAAUUGUAUUUGGCACAGGAAGUUCCAUCUAC